CAUACAACGUCGCGUGCACUCAGUCGACCAUAUUGGAUAUACUGGAUUGUGUUAACAACACAAUAUUAAACGAAAAUGAAGCCGGGAAAUUUGGAAAAAAAAUAUCGAUGAAACAAAUAAUGUGCAGAUCGUACGACGUGAAUAUUGCCUGUACGAAGAUAUAUCAGCGUCACUGUGGACGUCCUACGUUGGCGACGUCUAUCAGGAUCCUACAGCUGCAAACUCCAAAAGAGUGUGCCAAACUCCCCCACGACCCCGUGUCUGUUGUGACUGUGACACCUCCACUAGAAAUGGCCUGUUCCAAUCCCACUGCCCUAAUGAACCACGUCUACAACUGUUUAUUCAGCAAGCUCGAUGGAACAAAUGCCGUCUGUAG